AUGGCGGGCGGCUCCUUACUCGGCGCCCUCUUCUCUUCAUGGACUGGAGACAACUUUGGUCGUCGUGAUUCAAUGUUCUAUGGCCGCAUCACUUUCUUCGUCGCAAGUACACUCAUGUGCGCCGUUCAGAACCGGCCCAUGGUGCUCGUCUCCCGUAUCAUCGACGGCUUUGCGGUUGGGAUGCUGUCGAGUCAGGGCAAUAGCCCCAUUUACAUCGCCGAGAUCAGCCCGCCAUCACUAUGCGGUCGACUCGUUGCGUUGCAGCAAUGGAUGAUAACAUGGGCAAUUUUGAUCGUGUAUUUCGUGUCGUACAACUCUCUUGGCGUGUUGCCUGCUAUUCCUGCCUCGGUCGCCCCGCUGGCUAGCAAGCAAGCGUCGAUGGGAUGA